AUGACAUUGUCAUCCACUACGUCGUCAAUCUCACCGACAGCAACUGCCAACGCCACCGCGAAGGUCAUUGUUCCACAGUACACAUUUAAGAUUGGUGAUGCAUCCUAUUUCAUUCCGCUGUGCUCCGACCUACCGCAAACCCUCUGGUUCACGACGGGAGACAAGGACCAUCGAAAGUUGCACAACUUCACUCUCACUUGCGACGGCAUCGUUUGUGACUCCGGAGGCUUUCAUGCCUUUCCUACGGAAAUUCUAUUCGGUGACUGUCAAAAGACGACAAUCUGUGAUGUGUCUUUUUGCUUCUCCAGGCGCUUUCAGUGGGGUACAAACAAGGACAACACGGUCACCUGCGAUGAGGUAAAGCAGUCGUCGAGGUUACGGUCUCGAGGACCAUGCUCCGACAACGAGGUCUGUUCAAACAUAACCAAGAUCGCAGAUAAACUUGCAGGCCUUUCAAAUGCCAUUGGCUCGGCUGGUUCUGCAGCAGAACACGGGCUAUCUGCAGUUGGCUGUGCUGCUCAGCAGGCUUUCCAGCAGACUGCCGCCUAUUAUUUCUCAAUGGCCCAAAAACAAUUGAGUGAAAUCCAAAAGCAGAUCGAAUUCAUCAAGUUGUUUUUCACUACGUUAUUCGGCUUGAACCAACAAGUAUCGAACCCAGUCAACGUUUGGAUUGACGACAACGACGAAGCAUUUCAAGAGCUUGUAUGUUACAUCGACGAUGAUGGUAGCCGCAUCUGGCGGACUAUAGAGAAGCACUCCACCCUGCAUGCAGGCCUCAACGCCCUCAGCUCCAUCAAUAACAUUGUCAAUCAAAAUUUGAUCGUGGUACUCAUCGAGCUUAUAAUCAAAGACCUCAUCCAGAGCCUCUAUGACGAGUAUACGGCUUAUCUCACAAGCACAGGGCACAUAAUCCAGGGUUGGACACAGGCAUGGCGGUUGUGCAUCACCAAGUGGGACCGUGAGAGCCUGCAGAAUCCGGAAGAAGAGCCUGAUGAAGACGAUGAUGACGAAUGGCUUCCACGUUAUCAAAUAUUCACGAACCCAGACUCCAGUAUUAGCUCCCUCCGUGGAUUGGAGCGCGUUCUGGAUAGCGAGGGCUGGGAGGCUUCUUUUGAUGGCAAUGUUUUCAAGGGCUAUGUCGUGGACCUCAACGUCAUGCAAUCUUUACUACCAAAAACUAUGUCUUUUGUGGACGACACUUUUCGCUUUGUAUGGGAGGGCCCGGACAACAGCUCAAAUCGGACGAAUUCAAGGUUUUCAUCAAUUGAGCUGGCCGACCUGGAGGGAUUCUUACCCGACACUGCUUCCAGGAACGAGACUUUUGGAAAGACUCAAGACCUAGAUGGCCAACAGAAGCGACAGGCCUUCGACCCAGCCAAUUGGCCAGCUCCAACUGGUUCAGAACGAAUGACAAGGCCAUACGGGAGCCAUCUUAAGUCUCUCUCACAGCAGAAGGGCGAGGAUCUUUCAAAACUCGACUACUACACCUAUGCGGAGCCCCGUGGCGAGGGGUCAUGGGUCUUUGUCAUUGACAGUGGAUUUGAUACAACCCAUUCGAAACUGGCUUCCACCGACUACAGACAGGUGAAGACAUAUAUUGUUCCUAACGAAUUCGUCCUUCCGAAGUUGAGACCAGAACACAUCGCUGCUGGGUGGAAGUUUGCCGACGAGGUCAUCGAUGACAACAUGCCGGAACUCAACGGCCGUGGUCACGGAACCGCAGUGGCUUGCGUCGCUGGCGCCCUUGAUCUCGGCGUAGCUUCGCGCACCAAUUUGUACUUGAUCAAGCAGGAGAACUACAUGGUCAAUGCAAUCACCCAUGAAACGUGGCAGGGCUAUGUCACAACAACAGGACUGCUAGAAAUGACCGUCAAAAUCCUUGAUGUCAUCGACAAAGAGAAUAUACCUUACGGGCGGGCUGUGGUUACCGUGAAUUCUGAUUUCCCAGCAGACUCCUAUUAUGGAAAGUUAUACCACUACUUUUUCGAGGAAUUGGACAAGAGAGGGGUGGUUGUGGUGAUAGCCCAAGGGAAUGGGGGAUACAACAAAGUCACCGGCACGCCCGAUCACUACCAAGGAGAACGCUCGCCCCAGAAGUUCGUGACAGAUGCAAGUCCCUUCAUCAGUGUUGGUGCGACAUACCACGAUGGCUCUGUUGCAGAAUUCUCAACUCCUCCUGGCUUGAAGCCCGGCACCUCUGGUCCGAAUGCCGACGCGUCAGUCUCAAUCUGGGCCCAAGGGGUCGGCGUCUACACCUGCAACCCGAACUCUCUGGUUCCGAUGGGCUACCGAUCUGGCACAAGCUUUUCAGCACCGAUAGUAGCUGGGCUUGCUGCCUACAUGCUAUCAUACCCUUGGCCGGAGAAGAAGAACCCUUUUGCCUCGAAAGACGGUCCCUCUGUUGGACGGCGCGUGAAGACGAUGCUUGCUGACACUUACGCCUACCAACGCCUCCCUCGAGAUAGGCUCAUUGGCGAGUCCAUGCAAAACAUCAUCAAGAACAAUCCCAACCAUCAAUUUCCUUGGGAGGUCCCCGCCAAAGUGAAUGUCGCAUACAACAUGGCGUACGGCGAUCAGAAGUGCAAGAUCGUUGAUGGUUUCCCUAACCUUAAGCGCGAUGGAGCUUCGUGUCCUGUCCCCGGCAGCGGCGGCGCGGACGGCGAGUCGACAGGCACUAUCUUCUACACUGAUGAGCCUACCUACAUGCCCAGUGAUUGGUCUGGCUUCUCUUCCGCGACGGGAAGCAUUUACACUCCCAGUGACUACAACGCGACGGAGCCGACAGCCACCCUGACACCCUUUCCCCCCAACACGACGACCUCCUGGGUGAUCACUGCCAACUCUUCCACGUUCAUGACCAAUGAUUACAGUUUCAUGGACACUCACGUUGAAUCCUUCUUCAAGCACAACCACGUCAUCAACAUCGAGUACUACUACAAGUACCAGCUCCAGUUCAACCAGUUCAACCAGCUCGUCCUCUACUGCUACGCCAACUCCAACGCCGCCAGCCAUCUCGGCACAGUGUCUGUCAUAACGGCGUACAAGAUUACUGAGAUCCGCGGCGACUGGGCUCUGGCCGAUUCUGGGUAUGCGUUUUUCAGGGAACUGGGAAAUUGCAUCUCCAUGCUGUCCUGGCAAUGGCAUGAUCCCACCGCUACUGAGCUGGCCUGGAUGCAGAUCAACCUCAAAGCCGGCUGGAAAUCAGACUGUAUAACAAAGUGUAUCAAAGAUAAUGGAGGCCCGUCGGAUGUGGUCUGCCAUCCGGGGUAA